UACAGGGACCUAUACCGAACCAGUUCGAGCCCUAAAUGUAACUCCAACAACAAUACUACCAAAAGCGAAAUUAAAAAAAGCAAACGCUCCAUUUCCGUUUUAACGAAGCCCAAACCCCCAACAAUCCCUCUCUUUCUCUCUUUCUCCCCCGAAGCUCUCGAGCUCCUGGAUCCGAGGAGGAGGACGAAGAAGAAGAAGAAGAUGACGAAGUCGGGGACGGAGAAGAAGCGCGUCCGCCGCGCCCCGCAGAGCGGCGGGAGAGAUCUCCCCGAUGCCCCUUCCAAGAAGCCAGCUCCAAAGAAAGAUGUUUAUCAACUGUUUGCUGAGAAGGUUAGAGACAACAAACAGCUAGAAUCUAGAUGGGCUAUUAUGCAAGAAACGCGAGUUGAGUAUUUCAGAGGGAAAGAUUUUACUGCCUUCUUGAAAAACUGUCCAGAGAUCAAGGAAAUUCUAGGAUCGGAUAAAGAUUUAGAUGUUGAAGACAUCGUAAAUACUCUACUACGGAAGAACCUUGUGAUAAGAUGCGAUCGUGUGGUGAAAACUCUUAGGCCGGGGAAGAAGAAGUUAUCCUCGUGGCCUGCACAUUUGGAGAUACAUCAUGAACAAGUCUUUUCUGAAAAUGAUGGGUUUUUUGCUUGGACAUUUAUGAAAAGACGGACUCUAUGGCAAACUAUUCUUUCUUUUCUAUGGCCUAUCUUUGCACUAGCAAUCUGCUUGUUCCCUGUUUAUCCCUAUCAGUGCAAGAUUGUUGUGCUAUAUUCGUGCGCUGGAGCUUUACUGUUUAUUGUAACCAUCCUAAUGUUUAGAGCAAUGAUCUUUGGUAUUCUGUGGAUCCUUCUUGGGAAGCGUGUGUGGUUCUUCCCAAAUAUAAAUGCUGAGGAAACGACAUUUAGAGAGCUUGUGCGGUUUUGGCCCGAGAAAGAUGAAGGAGAGCCACCAAAGUGGACCUCAAGACUAUUUUAUGCCAUUGUCGCAGUUCUGGUUGUGUUACUUCUCAGACACCAUGCUCCUGAUGAAGCUGCUAGAGCCAGGUACCAAAAGAAGGUCUCAAACAUAAUCGACGAUGUGCUCGAGUGGUCUCCAAAAUUAGCACUAUCUGGGAUGAUGGAGAAACACGCGGUGGUCAACACAACAGAAUCAAACGUUUCAGCGAGUAAGAAUAGUUCAGCCUUUUCCUCUGCUGAAGAAACAACUGCAGACAUAGAAGUCGAGACUAGCACAGAUGAAGUUGGGGAGGGGAAUAGGGAAGGGGAUACUGUAGAUGACGAGGCCGACCACGUAGAAUGAAGAUCAGUCAAAGACAAAAUGACUUGUAAAACUGUUGUCCAGAAAUUACCCUUUCUUAAUACUUCUUCUGUUUUCAGUUUUUGAUGUACAAUCUUAUGGUUAGUCAAAAGCCCUGAUAUUUUUGACAAUAAAUGCUCUAUUUCGAUCUAUGUCGUCAUAUUUUGCAUCAAAAUUCGCUUGUUACAUUC